GCUCGUGCGAGUGAGUAGUCCCAGCCGCCUCCGCGUGGUGCGCCUCCCGGCCGAACAGUCGAUCCGAUCUGCACGGCGAGCAGCAGCCGAACCGAGUAACCGAACCGGGCCGAAGCCGAGCCGAAACCGAUCCGACGAGGCAGGGGUGUGCCGGCCUGGGCACGUGCACGACGCACGCCCACGCGCCUGGACGUGCCGCGAGUGAGAGGUGUGUGUGAGUGCGUGCGUGUGUUGUGAAGCGCAGUGAUGUAUUGGUGCAGUGUGGUGAUGACUCGGCCGUAGUGCACAUCCAGGACCUCUACGUGCACCAUCUCCUCGACGAAGCCAUCCUCGUCCUGGCCGUGGCCAUGUCAUGUCCCUGGACGACGUGUACCCUGUGGAGAAGCAGCAGCAGCACCGAGACCGGCCCGGUGGCCUCGACGAGCACCAGCACGACGACGACCCUGGGUCUCAGACACCGCCACCUGUUUCUACCGGAGCGCCGCGACAUGCCUGGGGUCUCCCACCCCGACGGCGUGGAGUAAGCCGCCCCGACCUCGCAACCAGCGCCACCGGCUGGCCCAGGACGGCGCCGUCCAGCCAGCGCUAGGAUAUGAAGCCGACCGGCAAGGACCACGACGUACUGCCUUGUUGUCCCUCGUGCCGCGUGCCCGCGCCCCACCCCCUCACCCCCUGCGGCUGCUGCGCCUGCAGCUGCGCCUGCAGCUGGCCGGAAAGCCGCGGGGAACAGAGAGCGCCGCGGCGCCGGCGCCGCGACCCCGGGGGCGGUGGCAUCUGGAGCCGACCGAGCCUACUCGCCCUCCUGUACGUGGGGCUGCUGGCCGGGUCGUGGACGCAGCUCGCCCUUGCCGCCGCACUCCCGGCGAGGCCGCCGUCGGCCUCCGCGACGGACGCCUCGUCACCGCGACGAUACCCUUGGACAUUCGACAACCAGCAGCAGCCAGUGCCGGUGUCACCAGCCGGGCCGCCGCGCGGCCAGCAGAGGAGGCCAACGCCCUCCAUGGACAGCAGGACUAGGAGGCCCGCACCCGGGUCCCCCGCCGGCCCCGGCCCCACGGUGUCCUCGACACUCCCGGCGGCUGCCCCAGGAGCCAACGGCCCACGGAGCAGGGGCUUCUCGCAGAGCUCUCUAGCCGGCGCCGGCGGGGGUGGUCGCGCAAGGGGUGGCGGGGGCGGCGGGGGCGGAGCAUGGUGCGCGAGCGAGGAUGCGGGCGCGCGCGCCUAUGCGGCCACCACUGUGUUUGAAGGCAAGGCUCGGUCGCGCUCGGCGGCCGGGCCAGGCGGGUCGUACUUUGUCACCUUCGUGGUGCAGCAUGUGCGCAAGGACGCUCCCUCGGGGGCGGUAGGGGGCGGCGCCGUGGCCGCGCCCCCGCUGCGGAUGCGGUCGCAGGUCCGGCUGCAGUUCGUGGAGCCGCCCCUCGCGACCACGCCCGCCCCCGGGCCCGAGCGGCCGCGCGCCGCCGCCCGCCACGCGGCCCAGUGCGAGGACAUGUCGAGGCUCGCGCCCUCGGCCGCGCCCGUCCGCGCCAGCAUCAAGCCCGGCGGCAAGUUCAUUGUCUUCGCGGACCGUGUGGGCCCCCACAACUUCACCGCCAGAGGGGCGCCUGUUCUGAGGAGCAGGGCGACGGUUCACGCCAUCCGCACCGUGCUGUGCCCAGACUGUGUGAAGCCGCCGGAGGUGUGGGGGCUGCGGGACGUGACGCUGCGCGCGCGGCGCCGGCUGCGGCUCGUGUGCAGGACGCAGGGGACGCCGCUGCCGGCCGUGCUGUGGUACAAGGACGGCGUCCGGGUCACCCCGAGCAGACGGGUGCGCGUCCAGCACAACAAGAAGAAGUCGGCGCUCAUCAUCGCCCGGGUGAAGCCGUCGGACGGCGGCCGAUACGAGUGCAAAGCAGUGUCUGUGAUCGGGCGGCAGGACAGCGCCUCGGCGGCGGUCAGCGUGCAGGUGGACGCCCGUCAGGACAACACGACUACACUCUGGCCGUUGGUCGGCCGCGGCUGUUUUUUCGAUGCGUACUGCCUCAACGGCGGCACCUGCACCUAUUACGACACGGUCGGAGAACUAGUCUGCCAAUGUGCUGAAGGAUACAAGGGGCAGCGAUGUGAGAACAAAGACGUGAUAAACCGCGGCAGUAUGUACCGCCCCCUGUCAUACUUCUGUAAACUAGGCAUUUCCAAUUCCUACUAUUGUUAGAGCCACGGCGCAUCGCUCACCACACCAAAGAUUAUGUUAAUGCUGGCCAAAAUGAGAUUUACUGCUGUACAACCUAGCGCGGAGUUGAUAAGGACAGUGUAAGUGUUGGCUGCCCUGGCUUUAAAUACUUAUUUAUCUAAUUCAUAAUAUGUUCCAUUUUGUUUUAUAUGUUGUACAAAAUUAGGCCUUUCCAACUUUUAUAAAUAUUGUUGUUAUCAUUUGUAUUAUUAAUGAUAAUUUUUAUUUUUAUUUGUGAUCUCUUUUGGAUAGUGAUGAUUUCUUGAACAACCCCCGAGUUCAUAUGAGUUCUCUCUUCAUCGCUCAGUCACCUAGUUUUCAACUGUUUCAAACUUAAAUCUGAUGUGAUAACAAUGCCCAACUUUCAGCCCAGUCAGCGUUCCUAAGUGUAAUUUUAAUAAUGAAACACUGAGUAUAUUUUGUUAUUUAGAAAUAAGUAGUCAAAGUUCAGAGUAAUUCCAUGUUUAUGUGACUCGCGUGUUGAAAUGUAGACAUGGGCAAUAACUUUUCUACUGUAAAUGUUAAGUGGUUGGUUAUCAACUUCUGUGGUGUUUUCAUUUACUUCACAACGGCACCUAGUACUGAAGGAUCUAUUCAGUCCCAAUUUAUUGGUAAUUUCUAAAAUAAUGCUCAGGAAAUCUUAGUCUGGCUUUUUGUAAGCUAUUUUAAGUGAUAUGCACUCCAGACUGCAAUUGUGGAGGGAAAACAACAUGUCAGUAAAUCAACGUUGAUAAAUUUAUUACGCUGAGAGAAAAAAAGACUUACCAAGAGAAACAGAAAAAUGGAGUGGCUUUGGCACCAAUGUGUGCACACAACACGCUGCUUGUCGGCAUGGAACUACCUGUAUACUUCUUUAUGACUAUCUGGGAGGGGGAGGGUGGGAGAAAAGGAAAGAUUGCAAUGCUAACCUUAAAAUUAUUUAUGGCAAUCAAUGUGAAAGUUGUACGUGACCGAAGAUGAUGUUUGUACAUACAUCAAUGAAUGAGUGAGAAGAAUGUGCAUUUACCAAAAUAAACCAGGUACAAAAUAUCCUG